AUGGCUUUGUUAGCUAUUUCUAAUUUCUGUGCAGAUAGUACUUACAAAGUCAAGGAAGAAAUAUUUACUUUUACAAGAAUUGUAGUAGACAGAUAUGGCUAUUCUGCAGAAAAAUGUGAAAACUUCACUGCAAACGCUGGUACUCCAAAAGCAAGCCGGAAGUGCUCCAAAAUAAAAGGAAAACCUGAACUAGGCGAUGUGAAGUUUGUGAAUUGCAGUAUGACCCUGAAUACCCUAAUGGAUCAGUUACGCAGUCACGUCGACUUAGAGACCAUUGCCAGUAAUACCCAGAUCCUUACUUCUGUGCCGGAGAAACUGACCACCGAGAACAUCUCUCAUGCUGCUAAUAUUGCAGAGCAAAUUCUGAAAAAUGAUUCUAAGAAUGCUAUAGAGGCUGCAGUGGCUACAGUUAGCCAACUUUUGGAUGCCAGAGUGAGUGAAUUCAACUCUGCAAACGAGACCCUUACUAAUAUUACAGCAGGCCUCACAAAGACACUGGAAAAUUUCUCUUUGAAUGGCUUUGCUGUUCAGCCCAACAUUGCAGUUCAGAACAUUUCAUUGAAUCCAGAUUCAACUAUAGCUUUUUUCUCUGCACAGACAGCAUCAGGAAGUUUACAGUCUGGAAAUAUUAAUGUAGCUGAAAAUGACUCUAACAAUGCCAACAAUAUAGAAGUUCAAAUACUGAUCAACCUUACAAAGAACAGUUCAUCUGGAAAUAGACGUAUUGGCUUUGUCUUGUAUCAAAAUGACAAAUUUUUCCAAUCAAAAAAUUACAAGACUCAUUUUAAUCAUACUAAACAAGUUAUCUCUGGCAAUGUUGCUAAUGCAACAGUCAACGAUGUUAAAAUAGUCUUCAAGCCAAAGUACAAUGCGUUGGAAAUUCUGCUGCAUGAUUAUGCAUGUGUCUUUUGGGAUUACGGUGCAAAUGACUGGAACACAACAGGCUGCACAAAAGAAGGAAACAAACAGGAACUGAGCUGCAGGUGUAAUCACACUACUAAUUUUGCUGUAUUAAUGAGCUUCAAGAUCAAUUACAAAUAUGCAAAACCUCUAGAGAUUGUCUCAAACAUUGGUAGUGGAUUCUCCAUUGCUGGUCUGGUUAUUACCAUUCUGUUUCAAAUUCUCACCAGGCAAACACGAAAAUUCUCAGUUACCUGGGUGUUGGUGAGUCUCUGCACAUCAAUGCUGAUUUUCAACAUCAUCUUCAUCUUUGGAAUUGGCAACCCAAAUGCCAAGAAUAGCGGAGAUGUUUCCCCCGAAAACACCGCACUGGCCUCGGACCUUGCAGAUGUUCCUGAAAAUGCCUUGUGUACUGCUGUAGCCGUCUUGUUGCACUAUUUCUUGUUGGCAACAUUUAUGUGGACAGCGCUCAAUUCUGCACAUUUGUACUUACUGCUGCUUAAAACCCUGAGGCCCAUUCCUGAACACUUCACUUUAAUCAUGUCAAUAAUUGGAUGGGGAGUGCCUGCUGUAGUGGUUGCUAUAACACUUGGAGCUACCUAUAGAAAGGGCAAGCCAUUAAACUACCGGCAGGAAGAGUUUUGCUGGCUUGCAGUCCUGGAUGACGAAGGGAAAGUGAGCACAAAAAAGCCCAUGAUAUGGGCAUUCCUUUUGGUUGUGGCAGUCAUCCUUCUGUUUAACAUUAUCAUCUUUGUCAAGAUCACAGUCCUUGUUAUGUGGAAGGAGAACACAAAUCUGACAAGCAAUAAAAAGAAAUCAUUCACAACGAAGAUACUUGGCACUUUAUCUGUAGCUGUAGUGCUUGGAAUCACCUGGGUCCUGGGCUAUAUGAUGCUAAUAAAUCAAGAGGCCACAAAUGUUGUCUUCAGCAUUUUGUUCUGUAUUUUCAAUGCCACUCAGGGACUUCAGAUCUGUAUUCUAUACACUUUCAAAUCACCAAUCUUCAAGAAAAAGGUUACUGAGAUGCUUUCCUUUGUCUCACUGCCGGAUAUACCAGUUUACCUGCAUUCAAAGACUUAUUAUCUUACAAAAUUCCGUCUAAAAAAAACCAACACAUUUGAGACCUUCAGACCAUCUGAGACCUUUUCAGAGGAAACCUCCUUUUCCAGCAAUGAUCAGACACCUACGAAGAAUUAAAAUGUAAAAUCGCAGCUUUCUGAGUUUGUUCUAGAUAGAGAUCAUUGGUGACCACCACUCCCACAACAAGCGCUGGGCACAGAUCAGAAGACAGUAGGACAGCUACCAAAAAUGUAAGGCAGGAUAACAGCUGUGCAGAGCCUAUAUGUGGCACUUUAAUUGUACACAACUAAAAGUUCUUACAAGGGAAGUUGAAGAUCGUUACAAUAUUGCACAAAAUAGAAGGGCGUCGGUCUGACUUAGUCAUGUCUGUCUGUUCUCCCAGUUAUAUCUAUUCCUGGCCUAUCUAAUAUGCUCUGUCCAGAGGUAGUCUCUUUUCCCUUUUAUAAGUAAUUCCCGUUUAACUAAAAAACAUAAGCAAAAAAAUAAACAGUAGAAUUCUCAUUAGCUGUUUCCAUAUUCUAAAUGCCAGUCCCUUCCCUAAUGUAAUGGCUAUUUGACUGUCUUUUAGAAAAAGAUCUUAGAGUUGCCUAUUGAGCUUUCCAGCUAAAAGCUUUUUAGGAUAAACUGCUGCUAUAAAUGCUAUAAAAUAUGUCUGACUCCAUGUGGUAGAAUGAACCAAUAAAACAGUGUGGUGAAGCUAUUGGUAUUUGUUGUGAGUAUGUAAUAUGGUCAGUUUAUAAUGGAAGAAGCUUAAAAUCCAAUGAGAAGAAGCAGAUGAUGUCAAAAGUCCUGGGGACAAGUGUCUGGAUACUGAAGUCAAGAGUGGGG